AGUAAGCGGAUUGGAGUGCUGUUUCGUGCUGCCCUGUUUCGCAGGCCUCUCCUUCGUGCUGGCUCAGUGUAGCGCCCCCUGGCGGUGAUCUCUAUCAUCCAUAGUCUCCGUGUCCGCGCUGUGGUCAAACCGUCUGCGGUGCACAGCUAUGGAUGUGAUCUAGCUAGUGACAAAGAUGCUGCAGAGUUUCUCCUGUCCGUCCUGCCUGAUCCACUGAACAGACACGAGUGCUUGCUAUGACCUCGGAAGCAGAGCUCAGCUAGAUGCAGUAGAAGUCUACAGCCAUGUACUCGGAAUGGAGGUCUUUGCACCUGGUGGUGCAGAGCGAUCAGGGUCACGUCAGCGUCCUGCACUCGUACCCUGCCAGUGUGGGCCGUGACGUUGCCAACGCGGUGGUUCGGCCUCUGGGUUCCACCCUGGGAGCUCCCACCUCCGAGUGCCUCCUCAAGACUGAUAAAGAGGUGAAAUGGACUAUGGAAGUAAUAUGUUACGGUCUGACUCUUCCGUCGGAUGGAGAUACAGUCAAGCUGUGUGUGGAUGUCUACACGGACUGGAUCAUGGCCCUGGUGUCACCACGAGACUCCAUACCCCAACCUAUCAUUAAAGAACCCAACCUUUAUGUUCAAACGAUCCUCAAACAUCUUUACAACCUCUUCCUGCCGAGGCCUGAGAACUUCAGCCCUAUGCACUUCAAGCUGUGUCAGCAGGUGCUGUCUGCAGUACAGAAACUCGCUCGUGACUCCUCCUGUAUGGCCAGAGAGACAUGGGAGGUGCUGCUUCUCUUCCUGCUUCGUAUCAAUGAUACGCUGCUCGCCCCACCCACUGUUGGAGGUGGCAUAGCUGAGAAACUGGCUGAGAAAUUGAUCAGUGUACUGUUUGAAGUUUGGUUCCUGGCCUGUACACGCUGCUUCCCAACGCCACCAUACUGGAAGACAGCCAGAGAGAUGUUAGCAAAUUGGAGACACCAUCCGCCUGUGGUGGAGCAGUGGAGCAAAGUCAUCGCUGCCCUCACCUCCAGACUGCUGAGGUUCACAUAUGGACCAUCCUUUCCUCCUUUUAAAGUGCCAGAGGAAGACGCCAGUCUUAUACCUACAGAAAUGGAUAACGACUGUGUAGCACAGACUUGGUAUCGCUUCCUACACAUGCUUAGUAAUCCAGUGGAUCUUAGUAACCCUGUGAUUGUGAGCUCCACUCCCAAGUUCCAGGAGCAGCUGCUUGGUGUGAACAGUGUGCCCCCGGAGGUGGUCCAGCACCCCUGUCUCAAACAGCUGCCUCAGAUCUUCUUUCGAGCCAUGAGGGGCAUCAGCUGCUUGGUGGAUGCUUUCUUAGGUGUGGCAGUUUUUAAGAAAAACAAGAGUCAUGAAACUCUGCCCUCUUAUGGAACAACACUUUCUAGAAGAUAUAUUCGAGACAGACUUCCCUCUCUAGGUGUUGCUGUGUUUCGAGACAGGCUACCAUCUUAUGGUAUAUCCAGACCUCGUUCAGACAGCGCCCCACCCACCCCAGUUAAUCGGCUAAGCAUGCCGCCACCCCCAACCACCACCAACACCACACCCCCUCACAGCCGAAGACACAGACCCACUGCAGUUAAUAAGACCACCAGCAAAACCUCUACGACUGGCCAGUCCAAAGUGUUGCACCAGCCGUCCUCCACCUCUCCUCUGUCCAGCCCCAAUCAGACGAGCUCCGAGCCACGACCGCUGCCCGCUCCAACCAGACCAAAGGUCAACAGCGUGCUGAACCUUUUCGGCCAGUGGUUGUUUGACGCCGCUCUCGUUCACUGUAAACUUCACUCGGGCCUCAGCAGAGAAAGCAGCGUGACUGCUCUUGCUACUCAGGCUGGAGUUGAAUUGAGGAGAAAAGGGUCUCAGAUGUCCACCGACACAAUGGUGUCAAACCCUAUGUUUGACGCCAACGAGUUCCCGGACAAUUACGAGUCCGGCCGAGCGGAGGCCUGCGGAACACUGUGCAGAAUCUUCUGCAGCAAAAAAACUGGCGAGGAAAUUCUACCCGUUUAUCUGUCUAGGUUCUACAUGGUCCUCAUCCAAGGCCUUCAAAUCUCUGACUUCAUCUGUAGGCCCGUUCUGGCCAGCAUUAUCUUGAACUCCUCAGCUCUGUUCUGCUCUGAUCUGAAAGGGAUCAACGUUGUGGUUCCGUACUUUAUUUCUGCACUGGAAAUUAUUUUACCUGACCGGGAAUUGGUCAAGUUUAAAUCAUAUGUAAACCCCACUGAAUUGAGAAGAGCUUCCAUUAACAUACUGCUCUCCAUGCUGCCUCUUCCUCACCAUUUUGGCAACGUUAAAUCUGAGGUUCUUUUGGAAGGGAAAUUCAGCAAUGACGAGGCUUCGCCACACGACAAGCCCGUGUCCUUCCUUUCGCUCAAGCUGCGAUUGGUCAAUAUCUUGAUUGGUGCUCUGCAAACCGAGACGGAUCCACUCAAUACGCAGAUGAUACUAGCUGCAAUGCUGAAUAUUGUUCAGGACUCAGCACUUUUGGAAUCUAUAGGAGCCCAAACUGAAGUGGGAAGUGUGGACAGCGGUAAUUCUUUGGCUAAGAGUCACAGUCGCAAUAACAGUGGCAUCAGUAAUUCUAGUGCUGGCAGCUCGGAGGCCACCACUCCAGACAGUGAGAGACCUGCCCAGGCCCUUCUGCGAGAUUAUGCUCUCCACACAGACACGGCAGCUGGCCUGCUGAUCCGCAGCAUCCACCUGGUCACCCAGAGACUCAACUCGCAGUGGAGGCCUGAUAUGAGCAUCUCACUCGCUGCCCUGGAGCUGCUUGCUGGCCUCGCGAAGGUAAAGGCAUGUGUGGAGUCUUCAGACCGGAAACGAGCUGUUAGUUCAAUUUGUAGUUACAUUGUGUAUCAGUGCAGUCGGCCUGCCCCACAUCACUCCAGAGACCUGCACUCCAUGAUCGUCGCUGCCUUCCAGUGCCUCUGUGUGUGGCUCACAGAGCAUCCUGACAUGCUCAAUGAAAAGGACUGCUUAAUAGAAGUGCUGGAGAUUGUUGAACUGGGCAUCUCAGGUAGCAAGUCUAAGACGGGAGAGCAGGAAGUGAGGUACAAGGGUGACAAAGAACACAAUCCUGCCUCCAUGAGGGUAAAGGAUGCAGCGGAAGCUACAUUGUCGUGUAUAAUGCAGGUGUUGGGGGCAUUCCCAUCUCCCAGUGGCCCUGCCUCCACCUGCAGUCUGCUGAAUGAAGAGACUCUGAUUAAAUACUCCAGGUUGACCUCCACAUCUCACAGUAACUUCAGAUACUUUGUCCUUGAUAAUUCGGUCAUCCUGGCCAUGUUGGAGCAGUCCCUCGGCAAUGAACAGAACCCCUGUCCAUCCGUCACAAUGCUGGUUCGAGGCAUGUGCGGUCGCCAUGCCUGGACAAUGCAACUGUUCCACCAGCCUCGAGGAGCCAGAGCCAAUCAAAAGCAGGUGUUUGUUCCAGAGGUUCGUCCAACCCCCAAAAAUGACGUCGGGAUUCGAUUUAACGUCAAACACAGGCCGUUCCCAGAAGAGGUGGACAAGAUUCCGUUCGUCAAAGCUGAUCUGAGCAUUCCAGACCUACAUGAUAUAGUAGAUAAGGAGCUGGAACAACAGCACGAUAAGCUGCGUGGCGUGAUGGUAAAGCAGAUAGAUUAUGAAACCAACCUGGAGCACUACACCGAGGACUUGUGGAGGAAUAAACCUUUCCCCGACCCGCUUACUGACUGCAAACCUCCCCCGCCCGCGCAGGAGUUCCAAACCGCUCGCCUCUUUCUCUCACAUUUCGGCUUCCUAUCACUAGAGGCGCUCAAGGAGCCGAGUAACAGUCGCUUGCCUCCUCACCUCAUCGCUUUGGACUCGGCCACAUCAGGCUUCUUUGAUGACGUUGGCUAUCUGGACUUGUUGCCGUGCCGACCAUGCGACACAGUAUUCAUCUUUUACAUGAGAGCAGGCCAGAAGUGCAGCCAAGAGAUCUUGAGGAAUGUGGAGUCUUCGGCAAGUGUGCAGCCACAUUUUCUGGAGCUGCUGUUGUCUCUUGGCUGGCCGGUUGAAGUAGGGCAACACCCAGGCUGGACCGGGAGUGUGUAUACCAGCUGGACUAUCAACACAUCCAAUGGCACAGAUACACCAGAUGAGUUUGUAGCUGUCGGAGAGACGGGCGGAGGAAUUUUUAACGGAGAAAAGAGGGUGCUUUACUACGCUGAUGCUCUGACAGAAAUUGCCUUUGUGGUGCCCUCACUUAGUGACUCCUCAGCCGAGUCGUCUGAGAGCGGUUUUCCCACAGCGGACUCGGAUUCUCAGAUGGAGCUGAUGCCUAGCCUACUGAAACAACCCAACCUCACACUGGAGCUCUUUCCCAACCACUCUGACAACAUGAGACCUGCACAACGGUCUCCGACAGUGAAGAGUAAGAAGAUGCCAUCAGGAAGAAAUAUCCCACCUCUGGGUCCAGAGACGAAAGUACUGGUGGUCUGGGUGGAGCGCUAUGACGACAUUGAAAACUUUCCCGUGUCCGAAUUACUGUCCGAAACCAGCACAGGAGUGGAAAGUGCAGUCAACAGCAGUGCUUCCAGACCCAGCUCAUCGGAGAAAGAUGUGCCAGUCAUAUUUAUCCACCCGCUCAAGACCGGCCUCUUCCGCAUCAAGCUGCAUGGAGCCAUGGGAAAGUUCAGCAUGGUCAUUCCCCUCGUGGAUAACAUGGUGGUCAGCAGGAGAUCACUGGGUUUCCUAGUGAGGCAGACGGUAAUAAAUGCGUGUCGGAGGAAGAGACUCGACAGCGAUUCGUACAGCCCUCCGCAUGUGCGGCGAAAACAAAAAAUUGCUGAAAUCGUUAAUCGUUACCGGAACAAACAGCUGGAGCCAGAGUUCUACACGUCACUGUUUCAGGAGGUUGGAGAGACGAGCCUAAACCCCUAAACACACACGCAUACAUUGCAGCACUUUUUUCCAUGGUGGAGAGUUGCUGUGUUUUUUUUGUUUGUUUAUUUGUUUGUUUGUUUUUCUUUUGUUUGUUUUUAAUUGCCAAAUGGCUGUAGACUUUCAGCUGUCAAAAGCUGUAUAUUGUAUGUUUAUUGCCCAUGUGACAGCUCGCUAGCUGGUCCAAAUGCUGACGCUGGAAAGGAUGCUCUUCCAUUUUCUCAUUACUGUAUGAUACUGUAUGUUUUUAUUUUUUACAUCAUAAGAGACCGGAAAAGACAACGCAUAGGUGCAAAAACAUUUACUGCGAUCUAUUGUUCAUAAUAAACACUAAUGUGAGUGUCAACCAUGGAGUAUGAAGGGUGACCCUGGCUUUUCAUCUCCAGAUACAUUCUCUCUCUCUCUCACACACACACACACACACACACACACUAGUGCCAGUCUGUGUUGAUGCAUAACACUUGAUAUUGUUUCUUUUUAAACUCAGGUGGUUUUAUUUUUCAUAUGCAUUGACAUGGUCAUGGUCAUGCACUCCAACAAGCUGACCUCAGCUUCAUUCAUUCAUUCAUUCAUUCAUUCAUUCUCUCUCUCUCUCUCUCUCUCUCUCUCUCUCUCUCUCUCUCUCUCUCUAUUCUAUUCUAUUAUCCAUUAACUGACUUCACAGAAGUCCUUAUGCUGAUACUCCGUUCAAAGAAUGUUUGGCUCUUUCUAUUUUAUGUAUUUAUAUAAAACAGUUUAGGAAAAUGACUUUAACAUUCCCUUUUAUUAGUUGAAGUCAACAACAAACUACUGAACUCUCCAGUACACCAACAUCCCAGACAUUUGAUGCUUUCGAUUACCAUCUUACAGAAGUCCUGUCAUAUGCUUUGUGAGAAUUUUAUUUUUUCCUCCCCAGCGUAAUCCAGACAUCUUUUCAAUUGAAAUUCAUAAGGGCUAUCUUUGGUUUUGAUUCAAGUUAUCUGAUAAAUGUAGGUGCCAUGUUUUUUUUUCCCCUCUAAUUUCUGCUGGAUGUCAGAAACACUGGUCUUUUUUUUAAGAAGUAUUUCUGUGUUUUUUUUUUUUUUGUUGUUGUUGGUUUUUUUUUGGUUUUUCUAUUCCUCACUUUUGGAUUUAAAAAGAUUCUUUGACCCGAUCAUGUUUUGUCUCGUAUUCUCUGAGAAAUGCAUCGUCAUCUUUGCCUUCCUUGGUGUGUUUUGACUUGUAGCUUUCUUAAACACACAUCACUACAGAGAACUUGACUGAAAGGAACGACUGUUAAAAAACAAAUAUAAAUACGUUACUGUACUGGUCCGUGAUGCUCAUUCAGGUUAAACUGCUUGUUUUAUUUCACUCCAUUAAAAAUACAACAAACAAAAAAAACUAAGAAAGAAAGCAUCUAAUUAAAAAGAGGACAAGUCUUGUGCUAUACAAAACUAAAAUCCCUUUCUUUAAAAUGAAAACAUUUGACACUGAAAACACAAAAGAAAUAUGAUUCACCAUAUCAAUUUUUUUAUAUCAAUAAAAAAAACCUUCAAAUUUCAGCUGAAGUUGAAUUGAUACCUUUGUCCCAUUUUCCUAUUGACACCACCGACUUCAUCGAUCUAUGUUUCCCCACACACAGGACUUGGGCCUUUACUGGGCUGGUUUGAGACGUCCAUCUUCUCAUUUCUGUAAAUAAUGAAGGCAUCGACUUUGUAUAAAGUUGGACUUUAAAUGUAAAUAUAAGGGUGUGAAGUUUUGCUCACUCAUCUUAUUCUAUUAGGAAAGGCACAAAAAAAAAGUGAACGCUUGUUUGUAUUUAUGCCUAUCAUAUAUGUGUCCUAAAGAAACACAUUGGGUAUUGAAUGUAACACAUAUAAUGAAAUAAAGAUUUUAAUUAACUUCUUAUCAUA